GAGCGUUCACGGCCCCAGCUUUCGCCAGCUGAAGUGGGUAGCCCCACAUGGGAUCUGGAGGACGCAGUAACGCCAGCGUACUGAAGACAACGACGUGGACGGGAGGUUUUGCCACGACAGCGACAAGGUCAACGGGGUCAACACGGUCAAAGAUGUCGAUGGGCACGACUGAGGCUUUACUUCAGGGCGCUGCCCAGUGGCUUUGGUUUCUUCAGACGAGUCAUGACCUUCUCCGACAGAAAGUGGAUGAAAUGAGGCCGGUGGCUGAUGGGGGGAACACACUGCCAUAUCUCACACACCAGAGCAUGAUGCAGAGCCUUGUGCACAUUAUCCCGAAGCUGGAGGAGGGGCCAACUUCUUAUUUGGCAAGGUUUAUUGACCAGCGACAGGCGGCGACCUUGAUGCGACACUGCUACUUAGUCUUUGAGGAGGGGCAAGCAUUGUGCGCUGUGUCCAUGGAACACUGGUAUGCUCAGUUGGAUCUGGAGGAGGAGGACGAUUCGCCAUCAUCACCUGCAACACCUACGCAAGUGGCAGGAUGUCCAUGCAUCGGCAUCAACAGAAACAACAACAACAACAACAAUAACAACAACAGCAACAAGAACAUCAACAAUAAUGACAACAAUGGCAAUAUCGUUGCUGCUGCUGCCAGUCCCUUUCAUGGCGAUGCUGGCGACAACGGCACUAUCAUUGCUGCUGCUGCCGGUCCGGCGAUUCUGGCGAGAUUGGCGGCAUCAUCAGUCAUGACAACACCAACAACGUUGUUGUCGGUGUGAUCUCACGGUCGUGUGUUGAUGAAAGAGGCAGCAACAACAACAACAAUGACAAUGACAACAACAACAGCAACAGCAACAUCGUC